UCGAUGGGUCUUAUGAUCUGUACACGUGGCAUUGCAACCAGAACGGGGUCCCUUUCUCCAACGCUGUCUUCACGCGCUUGAUUGCGGCGUCUUUGCGCCGCGAUGGGGAGGAUGUCCUUGUGCUGAAGCUCAAACAGAUUGCUUUUUGGCUGUAUGGG